AUGGAUUUGUGGAUUCCUCCCCAGGCCACCAAAGACCUCACUUCCUCUCCUCCCGUCUCUCUGUCUCCAGGCGCAGAGAAGCUGAUCCUCCACCUGCAGAAGCACAGCAUCCCCUUCGCCCUGGCCACCAGCUCGGGGACCGAGUCCUACCGGGCCAAGACCAGCGCCCACCGCGAGCUCUUUGGCGCCUUCCACCACGUGGUGCUGGGCGAUGACCCCGAGGUCAAGGCCGGGAAGCCCGCCCCGGACAUCUUCCUGGCCUGCGCCCGCCGCUUUUCUCCUCCUGCCCCCGCCGACCAGUGCCUGGUGCUGGAGGACUCGCCCCACGGCGUGGCGGCUGCCCGGGCAGCGGGGAUGCAGGUGGUCAUGGUGCCCAGCGUCCAGCUCGACCUCGAACUCACGGCCGGGGCCACCCUGCUGCUGCCCUCCCUGGACGACCUCCGACCCCAGCUCUUCGGCCUGCCCGCCUUCGACUGACCUGCGGACGGACGGACGGACGGACACCAGGCCAAGACCUGACGCCUGGAAAUAAAGGGAAUGAACACAG